AGAAUUUUCUGUGGACUCGAACGCCGAAAGAAAACCUGCCAGUGUUUGUAAACAAAAACACGCUUGAAUUGCAUCGGCAGACGAACGGCCUGCUGUUUUCGACAAUUACGCAAAAGAGCUACAGCACAUAAUCAUGAGUGAAGUGAUGGGACGUUUAGUGAUUCAGCAAUGCCUGAGUGCAUCUCUCAAACUCCCAGGAGCUGAUGGGAAGGACCCAGAACUAGUUGAUAUUGGCCGUGGGAUGGUAGUAUUUGUGUGUUUCUUGGAUAAAGCCUCAGAGGAGACAGUGGAGAAACUUAUCAAGCACAUCACCAACAUCAGGUUGUGUGAGGAUGACUCAGGCCGUAGAGUAGAUAUCUGUGAUAUCCAGGGUGACAUCCUCAUCAUUCCCCAGGCCACGCUUGGGGGUAAGCUUAAGGGCAAAGCCAUGCAGUAUCACAUGAAUGUGGACAAGACGCUGGGUGAAGCACUUUACCAUCGGCUGUGCCAAGGGGUCAGGACUGCUAUUGAAGCUGUGUCGAGUGGGAACGUCAAGUGUGGAGUCUACGGUGCCAGGCAAAUAUUGAGCACUGAUACUAAUGGGCCUUACACACAUAUAGUAGAAGUGUAAGGAUUGUCUCAUUAAAGGUCUCAUUAAUUCUGUUUUCAAUUUUUUUUUUUCAUGGGAAUAUAUUCUUGAUGUUCCAGUUAGUUAACAUUCUAUUAUCAGUGAAUAACAUUCCUUUAGAUACAUACAUGGUUGUGAGAAACUUGUUUUUUAUUAUAAAAGUAUGAUAAGAAAGUGUUUUGACUUUAUUAUAUGAAUCUUACAAUCUCAGGUGCUUUUUCAUAUAUAAAAAUGUUAUUUGAAGGUGAUAUUUUUUUCAAAAUGUUGCUAGUCCAAAAAAUGCAUUUAAAAGAGAAUUUUUUUUCAUGAUCACUAGUCUCUAUAUGGUACAGUGUCUUAGUCAUCAGGUUAAUGUCUAGUUAAUGAUAUGUAUUUUAUAAUUACAUUGUCUUGAUCUGGAAAAUGAAAAGGCAGGUAAGCAUUUAUUAGAUCUCAGAUCUAUGCUAUAUGAAUAAAAAAGCAAAGCAUUUGUGCUGUCUAUUGUAUUUUAAUGAUGUUAGAAUAUUAUAUGAUAUAUAAAUGAUAUCAAACACCACUGUGUCUUCUAAUUAUUAAUAAAUAAGAAAUUAUGA